AUGGGUUCAUCUCGGACAUCAAGUGAGCGGACUAGCUCUAUUCACUCGGCAGAAUCACCCAAGAAAAUAUUACAAACCAAAGCUGAUCCCAACUUGGCCCUCCAUGAAGCGCAACCCAUGUCCGUGAUGGACGGAAACUAUAACACAAACUCCCUGGGAAGCAUACAACACAAAGACCGUCACGGAAACAUUAUCUCGGAUCCCGACCGUUGCAACCCCACCCGGAAUCGAAUGGAGCGCCCACUCGACACGAUUCGAUCCUUUGAAGCCGCGAUUGAUGCACACCGCAAACAGAUGCACAUGUGA